CAAGCUUGGAGAGAUUGGUCAUUUAUGACCUUCCUAAGUUGAUAACAAUAUGGCACAGCCAACUUUCUCAAGACUCUUUUUGCAGACUCAAAAAAGUUGAUGUACGAAGAUGCCACAAUCUAAUAAAAAUCUUUGCUGCUAGUAUUAUGAAAAGAUUGAAUGCUCUGGACACCUUACAGAUACAUAAUUGCAAGUCAAUACAAGUGGUAUUUGAACUUGGAGGAAUCAAUGUUGAGAGACAUGAUGACCCAUCAACUACUCAGAUGAGGAUGUCUUAUUGUCAAAAUCUCGAUUUAAUAGAAAUUGGUUCAUGUGAGAGUUUGAAGAAUAUCCUUCCGGUAUCAGUGGCCAAGGGUCUUGAGCAACUAAGGAAGCUGAGUGUCAAAAAUUGUGAUGGAGUGGAGGCAAUUGUUGCAAAGGAAGGACAAAAAACAACGCCUAACUUUGUGUUCCCGAAAGCAACAUCUAUGACAUUUUAUGGUCUGCUCCAGAUAAAGUGUUUCUAUAAUGGGAGGUACACUUCCAAGUGGCCGUUACUCAAUGAAUUAUGGGUGAAUGCAUGCCCAAAUGUGGAUAUAUUUGCCUCGAAUUUUUCAAGAUUUCAGGAAAACCUUGGGUCCAUACAGCCUUUUUUCUUAAUUGAGAAGGAUUCAUUCCCCAAUUUGGAACAUUUGACUUUGGGCGGCACGAAGUUGGAGAUUUGGGACGGUCCACUCCCAGCAGAGAUGUUUAGCAAGCUAAAAUAUCUUAACAUUGCUUCUCCACGCUUCAAGUCAUCAUAUGCUUUUCUUCAAAAACUGCACAACCUUGAAAAAUUUAUUGUGCAUGAUUCCCUUUUGGAGGAGAUAUUUGUCGAUCAAGGAAAUGGUAGUGGGCAAAUACAUGCAGUUGGAACCCACCUCCCUCAUUUAACAUCUUUGAUGCUUAAAGAACUUUCGAUGUUGAUGCAUCUAGGGAAGGAGAACUCCCAACCAGUUAUUCCAAAUUUGGGAAUUCUAGAGGUGUCAUUCUGUGGGAAAUUAAAGAAUCUAAGCUCACUAGCGAUAUCCUUUCAGAAUCUCACAACUCUGAAAGUAAUUGGUUGUCAAGGGCUGGAAUAUUUGAUAACUAGCUCGAUUGCCCAGAGUCUAAUGCAACUCACACAUGUGGAAGUUAAGGAUUGUGAAAGACUGGUGCAAAUAGUGGGAAGCAGCAGCGAAGAUGAGGCUGGAAAUGAGAUUGCUUUAAACAGGUUGGAGCAUUUGGAACUUUCAGGACUGCCCAGUUUGCAAUGUUUUUUCUCGGGUACCAUGCUUUCUCAUCAAUUUACAAUUUGCGAUGAAAUUGAAGAGAGUGAUGCGAAGGAGAAUCUUGAUAGUGCUGUACAAUACUUUCUAUUUGACAAAAAGGUGGGAUUACCUAGAUUGGAAACACUGAUCGUCCAUGACCUACAUAAGUUGAUGAGAAUAUGGCACGAACAACUUGCUCCGAAACGCAACAUCUGUGAUAUUUCUAAAUUUGGUGUUUCUACGGGUGAGGCUUUGUGGGAAAUUAAAGAAUCUAAUGUCAUCUGCAAUAUCCUUUCAGAAUCUAAAAUCUUUGGUAGUAGUGGAAUGCCACGAAUUGGAAUAUUUGAUACCUUGUUCGAUAGCUCAAAGCUUAAUGCAACUCGAACAUAUGGAAGUUAAGGAUUGUCAAGGACUGAUAGAGAUAGUGGCAAAUAGCAAUCAAGAUGAUGAUGCAGUAAAUGAGAUUGCAUUCAUAAGAUUACGACGUUUGGAACUUUCUGGUCUACCAAGUCUGCAAGGCUUUUGCUCUGGAAAUUGCGUUGUUAAGAUCCCAUUCUUGGACACUUUGACCGUUACUGAAUGCCUAAAUGAGUUGAAGAUUUCCCCUCAUAAGGUACUCCUGAGCAAUUCAAAACCAGAAAGAUUGAAAUAAAUAGAGGAAGAGGCAAAAGAUCAUGACAAACCGGAAGGGUCGGGUACGACUAGAACUGAAGCUACAUAAGAGAUGAUGCACCUGUCCUAGUGGAAAUAAGUGGAAAUAACAGAGGAAGAGGAAUCAGAUGAUGCGGUGAUUGAUGAACUGAUAUCUUGGUGUUGCAGCCUGCAAUUCCACUGUGUCAGCACUCAACACUCAGCAGGUGUACUAUAAGGUGACUAAAGCCGGUGCUUCAUAAUGGGGUUCAUGCAAUUUACCUCGUUAGUCAGAACCACUACAUUAAUCAUCCGACAUUCUGAUGUUCUCCAAAUCCUAUGAAAAAUUCAGUCAAUGGUAACCGAACAUUUGAAGAAGCACGAGGGAGAUGGAUGAUAGUAUUCGAUCACCAAACUGCAGAUACACAAGAUUGAAGAAUUCAGGAGAGACCCUUCACAUGAUGUAUCACCCAUAUGUUGCAGUAACUCACUAGUUGUACCAAACACUGUGGGAGAUGAUACUAUUCACAAAUCUACCAGCCCCUCUUCAUUUUCAACAAGUUUUCGUCAUUCAAUGUUAGCGUGCAACAGCUGCAACUAUAGAUGGUAAUGACAACUGAAAAUUCAAAUUCCAUUGUCGCUGAAUAACAGACUCACAUGACUGAUUGGGAACGCAAUGUGGUUCCUUGAUUAGCUGAGACACAGAGAUCGUUUAGUUACACAAUUUUUUUCACUAUCUAUUUGACAAAAUGUCAGAUUGAAUAGCUCAUUAGUUUUAUGUUUCAAAUGAUGAUCAGGCUCAUUAUUAAGGUCCAUGAUUUGGUGCGCUCAACCAAUUUGGGUGCAUUCUUAUA